AUGACGGUUAUUUAUGAAAACGCCGAGAUCGGAAGAGUCCAAACACCUCCAGUAAUCUUUAAAGAACCACAGGAAGCACCUGUACCCACAGUUGAAGUGGUGACCAUAAGGAUCAACGAUGUGGGAUCCUGGCGAAAAAUGGGCAGGCAACUAAGUGCGGCCGCUUCAGUAUUCUUUCUCUUCGUCUACGCGGGCAUGGACUUGGCCCACAGUUCCGGAUGGAAUCAGACCUUGAACGCCAGUGCCUCCCAGCAGUUCGAGUGCAGUUGGUUCAUCGGAGUGCUGGCUGGAGCUGCUAUAUCCUCAAUGGCCAUGUCCUUUAUACCCAAGAUGCCUUUCUAUGUUCUGGGAGCUCUCAUGGAACUAGCUGGCGCCAUCAUGUACGCCACUGCUCCCUACAACUACUCAGUACUCCUGGCAGCUCGUUAUGUGGCUGGGAUUGGAGUGGGCCUCAUCACAGUGCCCUUUAUCAUUCACAGUGCCGAGGUGGCGUCGGACAACUAUCGCGGAAUCAGCGGAUCGAUGGAGCAGUGCGGCUUGGCUCUGGGAAUUGCCAUUCAGGUGAUCUUCGACUCCCAGUAUGUGGACGACAGGGAUUCAUCCGUCAAUCAAAUUCACGGGAUUCUGGGCAUCGUAUUCUGCCUCUUGGGCUUGGUCCUGACCAGCCUUUCCAUUGAAUCGCCCAUUUUCCACAUAACACGCAACCAGGAGGAGACGGCCCGGCGAUGUCAGGAGAAGAUCUUGGGAAACUUUAUCUACAAGGUGGAUGUGGCUUUCGAAGAGGCCAAGGGCUAUGUGGAAGAGAGCAGGCACAUGACCUUUUGGAAGGAGCUCCUCAGGUCCUUGGUGCCGCUGGUGAAGGUACUGGUUUAUCGCGGCUUUGUGGCCUUCUCAUUCUCCCUUCCACUCACCACCUCACUGAUCUCGAGCACCCUGCUAACAGAGGGCUACAUCGCCUCCUGGCCAGUGACUGUGUGGGGUCUGGUGCGUCUGCUGGGCACCCUCGUGGCCCAGGCCUUCCUCGAGAGACUGGGCAGGAAGCUCUUCUCCCUCGUGGCGCUCUUCUGCAUGGCUGGCCUGAUCCUCAGCAUGGCCAUCUUGUACGAGGACCCCAACAACGUGCGGAGCUUCAACGAUAUGCUGCAGAUUCGCAGCCUGGGCGUGGCCUUUCAGGCCUUUGCCGGCCUCUUCGUCUGCAGCUCGCCUGUCUAUCUGGGCGAGGCAUUCCCGCUCCGGGUGAAGCCCCUCCUCGUGGGCUAUGUGGUCGGCUUCGAGCAGACGGUUCACAUCAUAAAUAUAAUAGGAUACAGGCAGGCAUCCUCAGAUUUCUUCUACCACUACUAUCUGUCUGUGGGGAUUAUCCUGCUGCUGGGAGUGAUUCUUUUCGCCGUCGUGAUGCCGGAGACGAAGAGACUGACCCUUCGAGAGGCCGGCCGGAGGAUCCAGCGAUGGCACAACCUGAGAUGCUUUUAGUUUAUUUCCCCAACGAAUAAAGACCUUAA